UUUUCUGUAGUGACUUUUUUGAAGUGUUCCACAGUGAAAAGGCAGGGUUUGGAACAGCUUGGUGGCCGCAUUAAAAAGCGGGGAACCACUUCAUUUGUGGAACAGAACUCUGUGGAGGUCAUGGACAGAGUGGAAGAGUUUGAGUGCAGACCCUUCCAAGUGCACGUCUCGAGGAUUGUCUCUUCUGGGCGCCUCAAAAAUGGAAAGCCCCGUCCCGCGCAGCCGUCCCCACAGGCAGAGCCCUUCAAGGCGCUGGUGGAGCGCUGUCGCUCGGAGCCCCUGUCACAGAGCACCCCCAUGGGGCUGGACCAGCUGGGAGGGCGCAUGCAGCACCUGCUCCGCAGGCGUGCUGAGAACGAGCAGGCUUCAAAGACCCUGAAGGUGCGCGGGAACUGCAGGAACGGCGGCCGUCGAUGGAACCUCUUCAAGCCUGGAGCUGAGAAGCUGCAGAUCAGUAGGCUGAUCACUGGUGGUUCCAUUGUCAGUGCUGAGGCAGUAUGGGAUCACGUCACCAUGGCCAACCGGGAGUUGGCGUUUAAAGCAGGAGACGUCAUCAAGGUCCUGGAUGCUUCCAACAAGGACUGGUGGUGGGGUCAGAUCGACGAUGAGGAGGGAUGGUUUCCCGCCAGCUUCGUGAGGCUGUGGGUGAACCAGGAGGAUGGGGUGGAGGAGGGAACCAGCGAGGUGCAGAACGGGCACCUGGACCCCAGCGCCGACUGCCUGUGCCUGGGCAGGACCGUGCAGAACCGCGACCAGAUGAGAGCCAACGUCAUCAACGAGAUCAUGAGCACCGAGCGCCACUACAUCAAACACCUCAAGGACAUCUGCGAGGGUUACUUAAAGCAGUGCCGGAAGAGGAGGGACAUGUUCAGUGAUGAGCAGCUGAAAAUCAUCUUUGGGAACAUUGAAGACAUCUAUAGAUUUCAGAUGGGAUUUGUGAGGGACCUGGAGAAGCAGUACAACAACGAGGACCCCCAUCUCAGUGAGAUUGGGCCAUGCUUCCUGGAACACCAAGACGGUUUCUGGAUCUAUUCUGAGUACUGUAACAACCACCUGGACGCGUGCAUGGAGCUCUCCAAGCUGAUGAAGGACAGCAGGUACCAGCACUUCUUCGAGGCGUGCCGCCUGCUGCAGCAGAUGAUCGACAUCGCCAUCGACGGCUUCCUGCUGACACCCGUGCAGAAGAUCUGCAAGUACCCCCUGCAGCUGGCAGAGCUGCUCAAGUACACGGCCCAGGAGCACAGUGACUACAGGUACGUGGCUGCUGCCCUGGCUGUCAUGAGGAACGUGACCCUGCAGAUCAACGAGCGCAAGAGGAGGCUGGAGAACAUCGACAAGAUAGCUCAGUGGCAAGCCUCUGUCCUGGACUGGGAGGGGGACGAUAUCUUGGACCGCAGCUCGGAGCUGAUCUACACGGGAGAGAUGUCCUGGAUUUACCAGCCUUAUGGACGGAACCAGCAGCGAGUUUUCUUCCUCUUUGAUCACCAGAUGGUUCUCUGCAAGAAGGAUCUGAUCCGAAGGGAUAUCCUGUAUUACAAAGGGCGCAUAGACAUGGAUAAAUAUGAAGUGGUGGAUAUAGAAGAUGGGAGAGAUGAUGACUUCAAUGUCAGCAUGAAGAAUGCCUUCAAACUGCAUAACAAGGAGACUGAGGAAAUGCACUUAUUCUUUGCCAAGAAACUGGAGGAGAAGUUACGAUGGCUUAGAGCUUUCAGAGAAGAAAGGAAGAUGGUAAAAGAAGAUGAAAAGAUAGGCUUUGAAAUUUCUGAGAAUCAAAAGCGGCAAGCGGCAAUGACAGUAAAGAAAGUCAGUAAGCAAAAAGGUGUGAGCUACUCCAAGUCGGUUCCUCCAGCCUACCCACCACCCCAGGAUCCAUUAAAUCAGGGACAAUACAUGGUGACAGAUGGCAUAUCCCAGUCCCAGGUCUUCGAGUUCACCGAACCCAGACGCAGCCAGGCACCAUUCUGGCAAAACUUCAGCAGGUUAACACCAUUCAAAAAAUAAUACCUAGAGAGAUGGAGAAUUUUAACUUAAAAGAACUAAAAUUUAAAAAAAAUAAAAAGAAAUAAAAUUAUAUUUAUAG